AUGGAAUUCUUGAUUCUCUUCUUCCACUGCCUUCUCCUCAUCACAGUUGUCCAAGGUUCAUCUCCUCACCACCAGCUUGACCUCCACGAAAAUCAUCAACGAUAUAGCUUUCGACCCAGAAAGCUAUUUGUAUUUGGGGACUCAUAUGCUGAUACAGGGAAUGUAAAAAAGUCUUUAGCAAAUUCUUGGAAAGAACCUUAUGGCAGUACUUUUCCCGGGAAGCCUGCCGGCCGUUUCUCCGAUGGCCGUAUUCUCACUGAUUACCUUGCGACAUUCUUGGGACUGAAGUCUCCAGUAGCCUACAAAUGGAGGAAUUUGCAAAAGCAAAAAUGGUAUUAUGGGAUGAACUUUGCCUAUGGUGGGAGUGGUGUGUUCAAUACUUUUGGAGAUUUGUUACCAAACAUGAGCACGCAAAUGGAUUUUUUUGAGAAACUCAUCAAUGAUUCAGUCUACACCAAAUGGGAUUUACAAUCUUCUGCAGUUCUUGUGAGUCUAGCUGGAAAUGAUUAUUCUGCAUAUUUAGCAAAUGGUGGCGCUUUCCAGGGUUUGACGAGUUUCAUGUCUAAAGUGAUCGAUCAACUCGUGGUGAAUUUAAAAAGAGUCCGCGGAAUGGGAGCAAGAAAAAUAGUUGUGACAUCUUUGCAACCAUUGGGGUGUCUUCCACGAAACACAAAAAUGUCGUCGUUCCAACAAUGCAAUGAAACUGAAAACAUAGCUGUGAAUUAUCACAAUCUCCUAUUACAGCAGGCUGUGGCAAAGCUGAACAAUGAAACCCGAAAUUCUGAAAUUUUCAUUGUUGAUCUCUACAGCUCUUUCACUAGUGUAAUCCAGCACAAACGAGAUUAUUUAGGAAAUUUGAAAUUUGAGACUCCAUUGAAGCCGUGUUGUAUGGGCAAGAGCAAUGGCUAUCUCUGUGGAAGCGUAGACGACGAAGGAACUAAAAUGUAUACCGUGUGCAAUGAUCCAAAAUCCGCGUUCUUCUGGGAUAACGCACAUCCCACGCAGGCCGGAUGGCAUGCAGUAUUUGCAACAUUGAAAUCUAGUUUUGACCAAAUUUUCAAAUACCAGUAG